UGUCGAGAGUGGAGGGUGUGUGAGGAUUGUCGCUAGUGUGUGUUGAGAGUGGCCUGUUACACUAUCUUGAAAAUUUUACGUUUUGUUGUGAUUCUGGAGAAAUGUAAGGAAGAUUACGUACAAUGCUUGUGAUGUGAAGUGAGGAAUCUUAUGCAGACUUGUGUACUGUAUAACAGAUAACUGAACUAGUACAGUUUAGUAAAUGACAGCUGCUAUAACCAGUCAAAAAAAAGUAAUCCGUAUUUCUGAUGAGUUGGACAAGUGAUUUCAGUGCAGUAGGACGGGGUUAUACACAACAUAGGAGUUACAGUGAAAUGGUGUGGCGCCAGAGAGCAGCGUGAUGAGGUCAGGUCAGUACAAGCUGGUGGGGGCUGGGCUGAGGGGAACGGACAGCCAGGUCACGGUGGGACACUUCAGGUCAAGUCAGUCUGACCUGCUGCCAACCGAGUCUCCCGUGGGUGACUUUCCACACAUGAACUCCCUGGUGGUGACCAAGAGUAAGUUGUCUGACUCCCGCUCCCUCAACAAGAGCUGUGAGAAUCUGAGUAGUACUGGCGGCACCCGCAGUGCUGUGACGCGGGUGGAGCAGCGGGUCAAGAGUCUCCUGCAGCGAGGGGACUCCCGCCCCAGGAACGGCCAUGACGCUGCUCCUGCUGCUACCGCCGAGGAUGUGUGGCAGUAUGGCCAUGUGGUAACCCUACCCCGUCGCCCCCGCCUCUCACUGGCACUCUCACACUCCGCCCUCCACCACCUCUCCUCUGACACCGCCUCCUGCAUCAGUGCCAGCAGCGGCUACUCCUCUUCCUCCUCCAGUAGCUACGGUAGCUUCAAGAGUAGCACCUCCAGCAGCUGUUCUACGCUGCCCCGUAAGAAGAGUCGGAGUGAGUGUGGUGGUAUGAGUAGUGAGGGAGACAUGCCGCCGCCCCUCACCAGGUCCUGCACCCUCGUCGACAACCCCAUGUAUGAUGUCACGCCCGCCACCGACCCUCGUACCUUUAAUCGCAACAAGUCGCCCAAGCGGAGAAGUUCUCCCUCGCCCAGACACGAGCCGAUAUAUGACCUGACGCCGGACAGUGACCCUUACAGUCUGGACACCUGUGACAGGCGCAGAAGGUCCCCAUCCACACACGACCCCAUCUAUGACGUCAUCCCUGGCGGUGACCCCAACAGCUCUUACCACCGGGAGUCGCGGUCACAAGGUCAUGAUAACCACCUGUAUGACCUCGUGCGACCUUCACGCCUUCUCACCCCGGACUCUGGCACACACGGAGGUCUCGACUCACUGGAAGAAUCUGCCUUGGACUCCCUGGAUUGUUCUGAUCCCCAGAAUGGAAUGUUGGAAGAUGAAAUGGUCAAAGAGGAAGACCAGGUGGCUAAGGAAUGUCGCGAGUACUUUGAACGACGACUCAAAAACUCCGAGACCCUUAAGAAGCGCUGGUCGAUGUGCUCCUCAGACUCUGGUGCUGAUUCUGGUGACAGUGACUUGUCCCCGACCAGUCACCUGACCGCCGGCCCUCCAAGCAUCGCCUCCAAUACCUCCUCCACAUCCACCGCCUCCAACACUUCCUCCCACACCUCGAGUACCACUCAAGUCAACGCCUCCACUAAGAAGACGCCGCUCGACCAGAAGAUGGAGUUUCUUCGCAAAGAAAUCGUAAGUACCUGACACAUUUUAGGGAUUCUG